AGAAAAGCGCCAAUAUAAAUAGGCAGGAAAAGCUGCCGCUCAACUCCUGAAAACGGUCGAAAACCCCCAAUGGACCACCAAAACCCCACCCCGCCCAGUGCUUCUGUCACCACUCCGACCACCUUGCAAGCUUCGGAGAACCCCAGCCAACCACCACCACAACCGCCACAACCUCAGCCUCAGUCGCAGCCACCUCCAACCUCCUCCAUAACUACCUCCUCAACCCCCGUCCCCCUCCUUCCUCCUCCAAAUCCCAACCCUGUCGGAAACCAAAACCCUAACCCUAGCCCUAAUCCCAUUCCAACCCAAACCCCAAACCCUAAUCCUAAACCCACAACCCCGCUGCCAUCACUCCAAUCGCCUCAGCAGCAUCCCCAGUCCGUUACUACUCCUGUGCAGACCAGGCCUCCCGCUGCAUUGCCGCGAGCUCCUUGGCAGCAGUCCCAUUUCUCACACUUCUCUUCCGCUCCUUCUUCUUCUUCUUCUUCUUUAUCCACUGGACCUCCUUCAUCGUCUUCACCGUCGCCGUCGACCGCUGCGCCACCGCCACCAAGGGGUGGUAUCGCUCUUGGUGUUCCGGCUCACCAUCCAAGCCCUUCUCCUCCCCAACCUGCUCCCUUUUCGUCGUCCUAUGGCCAGCAUUUUGGUGGUUUGGGCCGUGGUGGGGUCAAUCUUCCCGAACCAUCGUCCACUUCCAAUGCGUUGCAGGUUAAACCUCCAAUGCAAGGAAUGCAGGGGAUGGGAAUGCUGGGAUCAAUCAACUCUAGUUCCCAGAUGCGACCUGUUGGGAUUCCUGCUCACAAUCAACAGAGACCUGUUCAAUCUUCUCUUAGGCCACAAUCUAACUCCAAUACCCAACCUCCUCCCCAGAAUUUUCAAGGGCAUGGCCUGCUAAGAGCCUUGUCAGUGGGAUCUCCUGGUUCUUCUUCACCAAGUACAUCUCAAAAUAUGCAGUCCCUUAAUCAGCCAUGGUUGUCAUCUGGAUCACAAGGGAAGCCUCCGCUACCAUCCCCUUCGUAUAGGCAGCAGGUCAACUCACAGUCCCUGCAGCAACGAUCACAUCUGCCACAACAGCAUUCUCUCCCUGGGGCUUCACAGCAACAGCAUAUGACUGCUUCACAGCAGCAACAACCUUCAACAGCAAAUCAGACUCACGAGCAUUUUGGGCAACAAGUUUCAUCAUCUAGGGUUCCACAAGCCUUGUCCCAUCAGCAACAUAUAACUAGGGUCCAGGGUUCUAUAACCCCGAAGUCUUCUUCUCUUGCAACGGUUCAACCUGGUACAGCCCAGUCAGGAUCCCAGAAUAGAACAGCUGCUAAGGAAGUUGAUGAAACUUCUAAUAGGAUUCUUAGCAAAAGAAGCAUCCAUGAGCUAGUAAACCAGAUCGAUCCAUCUGAGAGGUUGGACCCUGAAGUCGAAGACAUUCUUAUGGAUAUUGCAGACGACUUUGUUGAGUCUAUUACUACUUUCGGUUGCUCAUUAGCCAAGCAUCGAAAAUCGACAAUGUUGGAAGCAAAGGACAUACUUCUGCAUCUUGAUAGAAACUGGAACAUAAACCUUCCUGGCUUUGGUGGUGAUGAGAUUAAGACCUACAGGAAACCAAUUAUGAAUGAUAUUCACAAGGAACGUCUUGCAGCAAUAAAGAAGUCCAUGGCAGUAACUGAAACAGCAAAUACCAGGAAUUCCACUGGACAGGCCACUGGAAAUGCAAAAGGUAGCAUCGCAAAAAACCCUGCAAAUGUGCUGGGCUCUCCAAACGUCAAAAGUUAGUUGCAUGCAGGCUUCAUUGCUCGUACUUCUUUGGGAUUAUGCUGAUGAAGGGACUAAUUUUGCAGAAGGAAGUUCUUAUUUUAUAGCAUGAAGAUUUAUUAAAUUGCCUUUUUGUCUUGCCUUGGUGCACAUCGGCAAAGUUGAAAUCAUAGAAAUUCACAUAUUAUGCAUCGAGGAUACUUCUUGGUCACCUCGCCAUCUUGUUUUAGCAACUAAGCAGUUUAAUUUCAUGGAUGCUCGGCCAGCGCCCUUCUCGAAUCUUGUGGGGGCCACUGGUAUAUUGCAAUGUAAAUGCGGAACAAUUAUGGACAGCUCAUAGCAAAGCUAGAUUUUUGUAAUUACUCUGGCUACCGAUGAGCAAAUUAUUGCUUGUACCUAAUAUGUCUUAUAUACAAGCCAGAUUAUAGCUUUGUACUCCACUUCUCAUACAGAAAGCAGAGAGGAAAAAAUGGUCAUUUUGUUUACAUGAGCAAA